UCUGUCAAACUCAUUUGAAUCGUGGAAUCCACUUUGAGGUUGGCAGCAAAUUAGAACUUGCCAGCGAAGCUUCUAUUAGAAAGUUCCAACGUAGCUAAGGACUUCUGGUCAACUCUGCUUGUGAUAAUCCAAGAAUCAACAUAAUCUAAAAGAGCUAAAAGUCCCUAUUAAAUUCUCAAUUCAAGAAUUGCUCACAACCUAUUCGGAAAAAGUCCCACCUGAAGAAAAAGUUGAAAACUUUGAGAUAAAGGGUUGUGAUAAUUUUGGAUUUCUUGAUUAAAUUCAGCUCAAUGGGUAAAGGAGGGGGUUGUAUGCCAACAAAGAACAAGUUUCCUAUAAAUGAACCAGCAGAGAGACCAGUGAGUCAAACUGAUAUAACAGGAACAGGGUCAGAAGCAGAAGGGUCCAAGAAGUUGAGAAUAUUCAUUGUGUUUUAUUCAAUGUAUGGACAUGUUGAAACAUUAGCUAGAAGGCUGAAAAAAGGGGUUGAUGGUAUUGAAGGUGUUGAAGGGGUUUUGUAUAUGGUUCCUGAAAUUUUGGCACCAGAUGUUUUGGAACGAAUGAAAGCCCCCCCAAAAAAUGAUGAGAUUCCAGUGAUAUCUGUGGAUGAGCUGAUGGAAGCUGAUGGAUUCUUGUUUGGAUUUCCUACAAGAUAUGGAUGUAUGGCAGCUCAGAUGAAGGCAUUUUUUGACUCGACGGGGAAGAUGUGGAGAGAACAAAAGCUUGCUGGAUUGCCUGCAGGGUUCUUUGUCAGUACUGGUACACAAGGAGGUGGGCAGGAGACCACCGCCUGGACAGCAGUCACUCAAUUAGCUCACCAUGGGAUGCUCUAUGUUCCAAUAGGAUACACGUUUGGAGCAGGAAUGUUUAGAAUGGAUUCAAUAAUUGGAGGUUCUCCAUAUGGAGCAGGAACUUUCUCUGGAGAUGGUAGCAGGGAACCUAGUGAACCAGAGUUGGCACUGGCCGAGCACCAGGGCAAGUACAUGGCAAUGACAGUUAAAAGAUUGUCUCAGCACCAUUCCUUACGACCUGAUUCCUGUUCGACCCUUCAGACAUAAUGAAUAUGAGAGAUUUAUAACUGCUGUUUUUCCUUAUUAUGGAACAUCCUUUUCUAUGAUGGGUGGUUUCUUCCUCUUCUCCUUGGUAUAUCUGUGCCACAAGUAGUAGCUGCA